GUCAUUGGCGUUGUGAAGGAAACUUGGAACCGACUGAUAACUGCGUACGUCUGUCAACCUUUUACCUUUCCCCCUUAACAGCUGCCUCAGUCCGUCUGUCUCUUCUUUCUUCCUCUUCCGUCUCUCAGGAUGACGAAUCAUUGAUGUGAAGUCUUGAGGGACUGUAGAGGCAGUUUCUGCAAACCAUGUCACAGGUAACCGGUUCAAUACAUCGAUUCUGAUCGCUGACGAAAUUCGAUUCUUCUACUUCUUACUUUGACACGUUGAUAUCGACGUUAUAGAUCGUGAUCGAUCUGGUGAUUUUUCUUGAUUCCUAUUGAUUUGUGAUUGGGGUUAGGUUUUGAGUGAUUGGAGAUUUAUAGGUGUUAGAGAAGAGAGAGUAGAUUCUUGGCAUGGGAACUCAAAAUCCUGGUCGUCCGAAUUUCCCUACGAGGCCUCCCUCGACGCCUUUCGCUGCCGCACCUCCGACUAUGACGGCACCGUCAAUUGGAUCUGAGGUUCCUCCUACAAUCAGACCGUUUUUUCCUCCGCCGGCGUCUGGACCUUUCCAGCGUUUCCCUUCACCGGUGGGGCAACCGCCAAUUCAACAGCAACCUCCCCCGCCGCCGCCUGCUGCCCUUCCUCCCACCUAUUUCCGUCCGCCUCCGCAGCAGAUGCCCUCGGUUCCUAUGGGAUUCCCUCGUCCAUCAGCAAAUCCUGCGUUGUCGAGUGCGAGCAUUCCUCCUCCUCCUCGAGUUGGUCCAGAGCAGCCUUUGCCUGGAUAUGCAGGCGGCCAGUCUAAUGUAGCUUCUCAGGCUCCACCCGUGCGGUCCCCUUUUCUUACUCAGCAGCCAGGGAGUUAUGCGCCUAUGCCACCCCCGGCAACUGCUUCCACUUUCACUGCUCGCCAAGGUGGUUAUAUGCCACCUCCGCCAUUGGGGGGCCCAAUGGGCCAUAUGCAACAUCCAGGCACUUUGCCUCCUGGAGGUUCUGCCCAAGGAUUGGCGGAAGAUUUCAGCUCCCUCUCACUUGGUGGUUCUGUUCCGGGAACAAUUGACCCAGGGCUUGAUCCUAAAGCAUUGCCUAGGCCUUUGGAGGGUGAUGUGGAGCCACAGGCAUUUGCUGAGAUGUUCCCUGGCAAUUGUAAUUCUAGAUAUGUACGACUUACUACGAGUGCCAUGCCGAAUUCACAGUCUUUGGUUUCAAGGUGGCAAUUGCCUCUAGGAGCAGUUGUUUGCCCUCUUGCGGAAGCUCCAGUGGGGGAAGAAGUUCCCAUACUUAACUUUGCCUCGACUGGUAUUAUUCGGUGUAGAAGAUGUAGAACAUAUGUGAAUCCUUAUGUGACAUUUGCGGAUUCAGGAAGAAAAUGGCGUUGCAACAUCUGUACUCUAAACAAUGAUGUUCCUGCCGAUUAUUUUGCCCAUUUAGAUGCAACCGGCAGAAGAACAGAUUUGGAUCAGCGACCUGAGCUUACAAAGGGUAGUGUAGAAUUUGUCGCUCCAACUGAAUAUAUGGUGCGGCCCCCUAUGCCGCCACUAUAUUUUUUCCUCAUUGAUGUUUCAAUAUCUGCUGUUAGAAGUGGUAUGGUUGAGGUUGUGGCACGAACUAUUAAGUCAUGUUUGGACCAACUGCCUGGCUUCCCGAGAACGCAGAUCGGGUUUCUCACUUAUGACAGCACCAUCCAUUUUUAUAAUAUGAAGUCUUCAUUGACGCAGCCUCAAAUGAUGGUGGUUUCCGAUCUAGAAGAUAUCUUUGUUCCGCUUCCUGAUGACCUUCUUGUGAACUUGUCUGAAUCAAGGACUGUGGUGGAGUCAUUCCUAGAUAGUUUGCCCUCCAUGUUUCAGGACAAUGUGAAUCUAGAAUCUGCAUUUGGUCCGGCUCUUAAAGCUGCAUUCAUGGUUAUGAGAAAACUAGGCGGAAAACUGUUGGUGUUUCAGAACUCUCUGCCAUCCCUUGGUGUUGGUCGUUUAAAGUUGCGAGGUGAUGAUCCUCGUGUUUAUGGAACUGACAAAGAACAUAUGCUAAGAAUACCAGAAGAUCCGUUCUACAAGCAAAUGGCUGCUGAUUUUACAAAGUUCCAGAUUGCUGUGAAUAUCUAUGCGUUUAGUGACAAAUAUACAGAUAUCGCCUCGUUAGGAACUCUGGCAAAAUAUACUGGAGGUCAAGUGUGCUACUAUCCCAGUUUCCAGGCAACCAUUCAUGGAGAAAAAUUAAGACAUGAGUUAGCAAGAGAUCUUACCAGGGAAACUGCCUGGGAAGCUGUUAUGCGCAUAAGAUGUGGGAAAGGGGUUCGAUUUACAUCUUAUCAUGGGAACUUUAUGCUAAGGUCGACUGAUCUAUUAGCUCUUCCAGCCAUUGAUUGUGAUAAAGCAUAUGCUAUGCAAUUAUCUCUUGAAGAGACAUUGCUAACAACUCCGACUGUAUAUUUCCAAGUUGCCUUAUUAUACACUGCAUCUUGCGGAGAAAGGCGUAUCAGGGUACAUACAGCAGCAGUUCCAGUGGUUUCAGAUCUGGGGGAGAUGUACCGCCAGGCUGACACGGGUGCCAUCAUUUCUUUAUUUUCUAGGCUAGCAAUUGAGAAGAGUUUGUCAACUAAGUUGGAAGAUGCGCGAAGCUCUGUCCAGCUAAGGAUUGUCAAAGCUCUCAAAGAAUACCGAAAUCUAUAUGCCGUGCAGCACCGAUUGGGAGCUAGGAUGAUAUAUCCAGAAUCUCUUAAGUUCUUGGCUUUGUAUGGAAUGGCACUUUGUAAAUCAACUCCUCUCCGCGGAGGGCAUUCGGAUGUUCUGCUUGAUGAACGCUGUGCAGCAGGCUACACAAUGAUGUCAUUACCUGUUAAAAAGUUGUUGAAGCUUUUAUAUCCCAGCUUGAUUCGAGUGGAUGAAUUUCUUUUAAAUCCAUCUGCUCCAGUUGAUCAAUUUAUACGCAGUAUGAAGAGGUUACCACUGACUGCAGAGAGCUUGGACUCGCGAGGUCUUUAUAUGUCUGAUGACGGUUUUCACUUCAUUAUAUGGUUUGGUAGAAUGCUCUCUCCUGAUAUAGCCAUGAGUCUACUUGGUUCAGACUUUGCUGCUGAGCUAUCUAGGGUUACCGUCACCGAGCAUGAUACUGAAAUGUCAAGAAAGCUGUUUGGGAUACUUAGAAAACUAAGAGAGAGUGACCCUUCAUAUUAUCAACUCUGUCAUCUUGUAAGACAAGGCGAACAGCCCAGAGAAGGGCUACUUCUUCUUAGGAACCUUGUUGAAGACCAGAUUGGGGGUACCAAUGGUUAUCCAGAUUGGAUUCUGCAAAUUCAUCGACAAGUCCAGCAAACCUAGUGAUCACACAGGAUCAGGGACAAGCAUGAUGUAUGCAAUGGUGUGGUUUGGUUUUCGCAACAGUCUGAAGUUAUGGGUUUAUUAUGCUCAAUGGUGCAGGAGUUCUGGUGCUGGCAUGGUUUGAUUCCCAUCAGUUGGCGUGUCAAAUGUUAUGGUCAGCAUCAUAGAAGAGGCUGAAUUCACCGCCAAAUCAUCUUUUUUACCGUUGAUAGAAUUGGUCGUUCAUUCUCUCACGUGAUUCCUUAUAGAAAGAGAUGUAAUUCUAGUUGUUUAAUAUACCGUGCGGCUGUCAAAUUGGAAAUUUAGUCCAGACCAAAUUUUUGUUUGGGGAAGCAUAUAAUUAUUGCUAAUGAUCUUGCUACUUGUGUUGUAUUUUCCCCCUUUUUUUGGUUACAGAUUCAAACCUUCUGGCCAUUCAUUGUUUGUGCUCACAAUACUAUUGGAUAUUGUUAAUAACUAGGAAUAACUUCAUAUUGAUUCACAGAA